CGCGACCGCUCCCCGCCCCGCUCGCCGCGCGCAGACGCCAAGCGCGCCCGCCCCGCCUCCCCGCCCCGUCGUUUCGGCCCGCCCGCCCCCGUCGCGGGCGGCCGCUCGCCCGUGCCCCCGCCGCGCGGCCGCGGCCCCCAUCCCCCACCAGGCAGCGAGCGCGACCGCUCCGGCCUCCCCAAGGCUGUGUCGUGGUUCGUCGGGACGCUGCCGCCCGCCCGGUCGUUUGACGGGCCCGUCUUCCGCCCCGACGACAUCAUGGGCCUCUUCAGCAACAUAUCUCCCGCUGGCCUCGGCGUCGGCAUCGGUGUCGGUGGCCCCGUGCCGCCGCGUCCGCCCAUGCCGCCUGCGCGUCCGCCCGCGCGUUUCGCCCCGGGGCGUCGGUACUAG